UCUCUUUUCCUCUUUCUCGCUCUAAAAGAUCGCUACGAUGAUGGCUUCGACUUUUCAAGAAAACUGUAUUUCAGUAAUCAACGGAGCUCCGAGUUGGGCUGUUUUCUUUCUUUUUGACCUUCUCGACAAUUUUCUCUGUAUCGUUUUCAGAUUCGUCGACCAAGUUAUGGAAGAAAAACUAGAGUCAUGCCAAUGUAGUAAUCCUCAAGAGACAUCCGGAUACGAGUUUCUUUCAGACCAUCAACACUUGUCCGAGACUCUUUACCGUAGGAGAAACAUUUUCCGACAAGCCGGUUUUCUCCGGUUUGCUAGAAAACUCCCAGAGAUCACCAAGAAAAUCGGUAUAGCUACUUUCUUGAGAAACUUCCUUUUUCCCGAGAAAAUGAAGAAAGUCCCUCGUGAGGUUGCAAACAGGUGGUCUGAUUGUGGCUGCAAGAAUUGUGUUUCUUGGACUAACAACGAUAAACUUAACGUGAUUGUCAAGCAACCUUCAGUAUCUCCAGAUUUAUUGAUGAGCAACAAACCGGUGGAUAACGUUAUUUUCAUACACGGAUUCUUAGCAUCUUCAUCGUACUGGACCAACACGGUGUUCAAAUAUCUACCCGAGACCACGGAGAAAACUAACUACAGAUUCUUCGCGGUCGAUCUUCUAGGGUUUGGAGACAGUCCAAAACCUAGAGACUGUCGAUAUUCGUUGCAAGAGCAUGUUGAAAUGAUCGAGAAAUCGGUUAUUUUACCAAACAAUCUGACAUCAUUCCAUGUUGUAGCACACUCCAUGGGAUGCAUCGUUGCAGUAGCCUUAGCUGCCAAAUUCUCCGGUAGUGUCAAGUCCGUCGCUUUAGUAGCUCCGCCGUACUUUGGUGAUAAAGAAGGAGCAAGUUGUGAUGCUCUUGAUGUGAUAGCCGAGAAGAAAUUUUGGCCACCGACUUCGUUUUUCUCAGCGAUGAUGGCUUGGUACGAACACAUUGCACGUGGGGUUUGCUUUGUUGUGUGUAGGCACCACCGUACAUGGGAGAAGAUCAUCAAAAUUAUAACUUGGAGAAGUAAACUACCAAUGGCGAUAACCGAACUAACGAAGCACACGCAUCAGUCGUCAUGGCAUAGCAUGCACAAUGUGUUAUGCGGAGGAGCGAAAUUCACGGAUAAACACCUUGAAAGUUUGAUAAAUUCCGGUGUUAAGAUAAGUGUGGUGCAAGGGGAUAAAGAUGCUGUGGUUCCUAUUGAUUGUCUAUGGAACAUGAAAGCCAAGUUCCCGGCGGUUGAAGUUGAGGUUAUAGCCGGAACUGAUCAUAGUUCGGUGAUAAUGAGUAGAAGAGAGGUCUUUGUUGCAAACCUUGUUAAGUUGUGGGCUUCUUCCGGAAAGAAACAAAACUAGUGGAAAGUGCGUAAAAGAUUUCAACUUUAUAAUAUAUUUUCGUUUUUUAUCUUCUAAUUAAUUAGGUAUAUUGUCCUUUUUGUUACAAAAACAAACA